AACACACAACGUGCGAGGCACCCAUGUUACAUUCCGCACCCACUCUGCGCGUGCUCUGUAACGACACUGGAGCAUAUAUAGGUGGCUCAUCAUAACUAGCCUGUCUUGAAAAGUGUCUGUGCUCUGCGUUGCAAUAACGGUGUUAGCUUAGCAUAGCAUCUGGUGAAUUGGCCAGUAACACACGGACCCAAAAAUGGUAUGAAUGUGUGGAUGUGACGGUGGUAUCGCGUGCCCUAGUCGACCAGCGUUGAAAUGGAAGUUUUUAUUUUGAAAAAGAAUGAAAGAAAUGGCCAGCGGUGGUUUACCGGCGCGGUUUUGUUAGCCUGCUAAUGCUAGCUAACUAGCAGCCUGGCUAACAGGAACACAGGAGGCAAGUCAGCAGACUGACAAGCGGCAGCCAAGAUUUGUACAAAACUGAAGCAAUGGAUGGCACCUCGGAAGCCGCCUCGGAAGCCGCCUCUGAGCGCUUUCUCCUGGAACCAUACAAGUACUUGUUGCAGCUACCUGCACAGCACACAACUCCCGCCUCCCUCCAAAGUCCUAUCCUCCUCCUCCUGCAACUCCACCUCCCUCCAAAGCCCUAAACAAAGAAAAGUGUAAAAUUUCCAGAAAGAAAGCAAGUGAGGACAAAACUAUCCCAAGCCUUUAACCACUGGCUCAAUGUCCCAGAGGACAAACUACAGGUGAUCAUCGAGGUGACUGAGAUGCUGCACAACGCUAGCUUGCUCAUAGACGACAUCGAGGACAGCUCCAAGCUGCGGCGAGGCUUCCCUGUGGCCCACAGCAUCUACGGCAUCCCCUCCGUUAUCAACUCAGCCAACUACGUCUACUUCCUGGGGUUAGAGAAGGUGCUGACCCUGGAGCACCCUGAGGCUGUCCAAGUGUUUACCCGGCAGCUGCUGGAGCUGCACCGUGGUCAGGGCCUGGACAUCCACUGGAGGGACAACUACACCUGUCCCACUGAGCAGGAGUACCUCAACAUGGUGCUGCAGAAAACUGGAGGGCUCUUCGGUCUGGCUGUGGGCCUGAUGCAGCUCUUCUCUGAUUGGAAACAGGACCUGAAACCACUCCUGGACACGCUGGGCCUCUUCUUCCAGAUUCGUGACGACUACUGCAACCUGAGCUCUCGUGAGUACUCUGAGAACAAGAGCUUCUGUGAGGACCUGACUGAAGGCAAGUUCUCUUUCCUCACCAUUCAUGCCAUAUGGUCGCGUCCAGAGAGCACCCAGGUACAGAACAUCCUGAGGCAGCGCACGGAGAACAUGGACAUCAAACGAUACUGUGUGGACUACCUGGAGAAGGUUGGCUCGUUCGCCUACGCUCGUCAGACUCUGCGGAACCUGGAGGAGGAGGCCUACCGCCUCAUCAAGGAGUUGGGGGGAAACCCUCAACUGGAGAGCCUCAUCAAACACCUCAGCCAAAUGCAUCGUGAGGCUGAAGCCGCAGCAGUGUCCAGUACUGAGCCACACUCCAGCCAAAACUACUGACCUCCACAUUUCACUGCUACACGCCUAGCCCCACAGAAGCUUUGCUAAUAUCCUGAUGCAGAUAGACCCACUCCCAAAAAGCUCAACUCACACACACACCAGUAUGUUACAUUCACAAACUAUUUAAUGAGUCAUAAUUAAUCAUUCAACUCUAGCUCUUGAAUUGUGGUAGACAGCUCUGACUGCAUUCAGCAGCUAUGAGACAGCGAAGCAGCCGCGAAUGUUGCCUUUCUCCUUUGUGUGCUUGUCAGCAUCCUUCAAGUGUUGCUCGACAAAACACACAUCACCAGUUUUUGUAUCCAAUUGUAGCUGUGCAGUCAGAGGAAGAAAUAAAUUAAAAAAUGAAACUUCUUACGUCGGUUUUAUGUUUGCUGUUUUGAAAAUGAAAAAUGACAAGAUGGCAACAAAGCUUAAAAGCCUUCCUUUUUGAUGUGUACUACAGUGCAUAUAAAUGUAUUUUUUUAUGUUCUGCCACCAGACGAAAAUUGUUUAUCUAAAGCCGAGUGUAUGCUGUGUGUUUUUUUCCGAAGUCCUUGUUUAAAAUAAGACGUCUCUCUCGAGUGUAUGAUGUGCGAUUUGGGGAUUCUUAAUCAUUAAGCCGCCAAGAGUGCCAAUCCUGUAGAAAAGACCUCUGCAACUCAAUUGUCUACUUGUUAUGUAACACGCUGGCAUUAUAUGCAAAGUAGUGCUCAUGCUGUUUAUGCUCAGCUGUAUAUGAAUACUCUGUUGAUGUUUUGGGUUUAUCGCAGUCUGCGUUUCCGUCUGGUUCAGAUUCAACACAGCCCUUCACAUCUCCAAUAUUGUAUUAGGGUUAUCCAGUUAUGAUAUUUGUAAGUAGACACUGUGCUGCAGUUAAAAACUUCUUUGCAUCUAUUGAAUAAAAAACUUUAA